AUGGCCCCUAAGGCGGAAAACAAGCAAGGCAAGACCAACCCCAGCAACAAGGCUGGCGCUGCCGCCAAGGCAGUUCUGAAGGGUGCAGGUGCGCACAAGGCUCGCAAGAUCCGCACCUCGACUACCUUCCACCGCCCCAAGACCCUUCAGCUCUCCCGGUCGCCCAAGUAUCCCCGCAAGUCGGUCCCCCAUGGCCCCCGUCUCGACUCGCACAAGGUCAUCCUCUACCCCCUUAACACCGAGAGCGCCAUGAAGAAGAUCGAGGAAAACAACACCCUUGUCUUCAUCGUCGACGUCAAGGCCAACAAGCGCCAGAUCAAGCAGGCCCUCAAAAAGCUCUACGAUGUUGAGACCGUCAAGGUUAACUCCCUCGUCAGGUAUGAGGACUUCCGCUUUCCCGUUUUUGGCGAAUAUUGUGGGUUUUGCUCUGGGCAUGUUUCUAACCAUAAUCUCUACAGACCCGAUGGCUCGAAGAAGGUCUACGCGCGGUUAACCCCUGAUGUUGAUGCUCUGGACAUUGCUGCUACCAAGCUUGCUAUUGUCUAG